UCUCUUUCGCUUUCUUUCGGUUUUUCCUCGUUGUUUCUUUUCUUCGCGAGUGCUUUGACGAUUCCCGUCAGGUUCACCGCACCCACAGUCCCUUCCAGCUGCUAGACAGUGCCCGCCGAGCGUAGACCGCUUACUUUCGUUCGAUAAGCUACAUCUUCCUUGCUUGUUCAGACGCACCAGGACCGUCCUCGACAGCUAAUCUAAUCAACAUGAACGCAAUUCUCCUUGGUCUUUCCCUUGUCAGCGUGGCUACUGCGCAAGUAGUCAACGGUGUGUCUGCCGUUCCGUACUCUGCGGUCUAUGGCAGCGCAGCGCCCGUAACGUCGGCCGCGGCGACGUCCAUCUCUACUGGGUACAAUGCCGCAGCGUCCUCUGGUGGAUACGCGGCGUCGUCCCAGGCCGCAUAUACCCAGGCCGCAUACACCCAGGCCGCAUAUACCCAAUCUGCGAGCUCUGUGGUAACGGCCGACGCAUCCGCGAUCACUCCCCCGCCAACGUACUCGUCCUCCUCCUACGACAUCUACUCGAUGAUGCCCUAUUCGUCCUUCAUGGCUGGCGGCUACCAAAGUCUGGCCUGCGGGUACGGCUACCAGAAAAUGUCGGACGGUUCGUGCCAGGCAAUGUCGUGGUGGCAGACACAAGGCUGUUAUGAGACCAUUAUCAUCAACAACAGCGGCGGUGGUGGUUACGGCUACGGCUACGGCAAUGCGUGUGCGGACGCGGCGGCCGCGACGGAAACAGUUACUGUGACCAGUGCAGUGACAAGCACCGUGCAAGAUACCAUGACCGUCACCCAGACCAUGACCGACACCAUGACAGCGACAGUCACGAUGACUGCAACAGUGACCCAGCUCAUGACUGAUAUUGAGUCUUUCACUGCGACGCAGACACAGACCCAGACUCAAACGCAAACGGAGAUCAUGACCUCGACUGUGCUCGUCCCAACCACCCGCGUCUGGGUUUCCACCGAUAUCGUCGAUCAGACGCAGACUGUCGAGUACACACUCACUGCGACCGAGACGAGCACGAUGGUCAACAUCUACACCCAAACUGCGACUGAGACCGACACCGCGACGCAGACGCAGUCGGUCACGAUGACAGACUUCGUGACCCAGACCCAGGUCAGCACCAUUAUCCAGCCCACGACCUACACGUCUGUUUGGGUUAGCACCCAAGUCAUCGACAACACUGAGACCGUCGAGAUGACGCAGACUGCCACAGUCACCGAUCAGAUGACUGUCCUCCAGACGGCGACCGUUACCGACCUGAUGACGGACUUCAUGACCGUCACACAGGUCAGCACUGUCGUGCAGCCGACAACUUACACUUCGGUGUACGUGAGCACACAGGUCAUCGAUGACACCAUGACUGUCGAGCAAACCAUGACGGCGACCAUGACCGAGGACAUGACGUUCACGCAGACGCAGACCUACGUCUCGACCGCGACUGCAACUGAAACUGCGACGCAGACUCAGACGCAGACCGCGACUGCGACCGUUCUCGAGACUGCACUUGCGACGUGCCUGAGUCAGUGCAAGAGCACCUGGUCGCUGCAGUCCGGCAACGGCAACACGUAUAACACCUAUGCGUCGAUGGCGACCCAAACCGCGGAUGCGACCGCCGUCGCAGGCUGCGGCUCGUCAGGUUGCGGUGGCUACUCUCCGCCAUCGUACAGCAGCUCAUCGUCAAUGAUGAUGGAGACGCAGACCGCUGAUGCGACUGCGGUGAGCUCGUAUGGCUAUGGCGCGUCGUCGUCCUCAUCGGCAGCAUACUCGGCGGCCACAAAUAGCCCGAGCUACGGCACUUCGUACAGUGGCUACCAGUCAUAAGCCAUUCAUGGACCUUUCUCACUUCUCUGGUUGAGCUCAUGCCCGCUUUCCUAUCUGUCGCAUAUCAGCUGGACUCUUUGACCUCGGACAGUUCACCGUUUGUGCCGCGCACCUUGUCAAUUUUCGCUUUUUUCGUAGAUUAGGCUAUCGUGAUCGUCUGUGUGCGUCUAGUGCUCGGUAAUGAGUGGUAGUGUACUUGUUUGCAUUCGCGGAAAAGUGACAUCUGGGUUGACCGUGCACUCACAUUCUUUCGAUGCGAACGUCCUCCUUCUAACAUCGCCUUUCGCAUGCAAACAGGUCGAGAUAAGGUAGCGACCAACGGGAGCUGAGACCCUUUAACUUCCGUAAGCUCCAUCGUGCGGCUAUUCCUAGUACGAAAUCCAGGGGACUUCGCUUGUCCGUGCUGGCAAUAUUGCAAAGGCAUAUGAGCAUGUGUAGACAGGUAGCAGUGCAGGGUACCUGG